UAUCCAUCUAUCAGAUAGUUAGUGAGAGAGAAAAUGGCGGCCGUACCUAUGCUUGAUGCUUCUCUAUACACUUCUUCCUUCCGACGGCCGGCAGCCGCCAAGCUCACCGUCUCCGGCGGCAGUUCCUCAUUGCACAACCUUAACCUAGGCAACACUCGACGUCACAGCCACCUAGCGGCAUUUCAGUCACCUAUCAAUCUCUUUUCUCGAUUCCUUCAUGCCCCAAAGAAGAUUCAACAGAAAACCCACAUCUUCCUUCCUCACUUGAUCGCUGCCAUGGAAGAUGUUGAGGAAACAUACAUAAUGGUGAAGCCCGAUGGAGUUCAACGAGGCCUUGUUGGAGAGAUAAUUUCUAGGUUUGAGAAAAAAGGGUUUAAGCUGACAGGAUUGAAGCUCUUCAAUUGCCCAAAGGAGUUAGCUGAGGAGCAUUACAAAGAUCUGAAAUCGAAGUCAUUUUUUCCUAAAUUGAUUGAUUACAUAACAUCAGGACCUGUAAUCUGUAUGGCGUGGGAGGGUGUAGGAGUUGUUGCAUCAGCCCGUAAGCUAAUUGGUGCGACAAACCCUCUUCAAGCCGAGCCAGGAACAAUCAGAGGGGAUCUUGCUGUUCAAACAGGAAGAAACGUUGUUCAUGGGAGUGACAGCCCUGAGAAUGGCAAACGUGAAAUAGCUCUAUGGUUCGGGGAAGGAGAAGUGUGUCAAUGGACGCCUAGCCAAGAACCGUGGUUGAAAGAGUAAAUUGCUUCGAUGACAUGUAGAAGAAGAGCUCAGUUUUCAGUCCGGCUAUUGUAGUAUUCAGACAUUUCAAUGCUCUUUUAUGUUGUUGGUUUAUGUAUUAGAUGAAGAUAACUGUUAUUUGUUUACAAAUUUCUGUAUAACCCCAAAAAAUGAAAACUAUUCUAAGCUUGA